AUGAGAAGGCAAGGAGAAAAAGGCUACGAGAAGGCAAGGAGAAAAAGGCUACGAGAAGGCAAGGAGAAAAAGGCUACGAGAAGGCAAGGAGAAAAAGGCUACGAGAAGGCAAGGAGAAAAAGGCUACGAGAAGGCAAGGAGAAAAAGGCUACGAGAAGGCAAGGAGAAAAAGGCUACGAGAAGGCAAGGAGAAAAAGGCUACGAGAAGGCAAGGAGAAAAAGGCUACGAGAAGGCAAGGAGAAAAAGGCUACGAGAAGGCAAGGAGAAAAAGGCUACGAGAAGGCAAGGAGAAAAAGGCUACGAGAAGGCAAGGAGAAAAAGGCUACGAGAAGGCAAGGAGAAAAAGGCUACGAGAAGGCAAGGAGAAAAAGGCUACGAGAAGGCAAGGAGAAAAAGGCUACGAGAAGGCAAGGAGAAAAAGGCUACGAGAAGGCAAGGAGAAAAAGGCUACGAGAAGGCAAGGAGAAAAAGGCUACGAGAAGGCAAGGAGAAAAAGGCUACGAGAAGGCAAGGAGAAAAAGGCUACGAGAAGGCAAGGAGAAAAAGGCUACGAGAAGGCAAGGAGAAAAAGGCUACGAGAAGGCAAGGAGAAAAAGGCUACGAGAAGGCAAGGAGAAAAAGGCUACGAGAAGGCAAGGAGAAAAAGGCUACGAGAAGGCAAGGAGAAAAAGGCUACGAGAAGGCAAGGAGAAAAAGGCUACGAGAAGGCAAGGAGAAAAAGGCUACGAGAAGGCAAGGAGAAAAAGGCUACGAGAAGGCAAGGAGAAAAAGGCUACGAGAAGGCAAGGAGAAAAAGGCUACGAGAAGGCAAGGAGAAAAAGGCUACGAGAAGGCAAGGAGAAAAAGGCUACGAGAAGGCAAGGAGAAAAAGGCUACGAGAAGGCAAGGAGAAAAAGGCUACGAGAAGGCAAGGAGAAAAAGGCUACGAGAAGGCAAGGAGAAAAAGGCUACGAGAAGGCAAGGAGAAAAAGGCUACGAGAAGGCAAGGAGAAAAAGGCUACGAGAAGGCAAGGAGAAAGAGGCUACGAGAAGGCAAGGAGAAAGAGGCUACGAGAAGGCAAGGAGAAAGAGGCUACGAGAAGGCAAGGAGAAAGAGGCUACGAGAAGGCAAGGAGAAAGAGGCUACGAGAAGGCAAGGAGAAAGAGGCUACGAGAAGGCAAGGAGAAAGAGGCUACGAGAAGGCAAGGAGAAAAAGGCUACGAGAAGGCAAGGAGAAAAAGGCUACGAGAAGGCAAGGAGAAAAAGGCUACGAGAAGGCAAGGAGAAAAAGGCAAUGAGAAGGCAAGGAGAAAAAGGCAAUGAGAAGGCAAGGAGAAAAAGGCAAUGA